CGUUUUCCAGCACUAGGGCAUUAUAAUUCGCCGGGAAGAUGGGGCGCCGCUCCAUCAACACCACGAAAAGUGGCAAGUACAUGAACCCCACGGACCAGGCGCGCAAGGAGGCUCGCAAAAAGGAGCUCAAGAAGAAUAAGAGGCAGCGCCAAAUGGUGCGGGCGGCGGUCCUAAAGAACAAGGAUCCCUCACAGAUACUCGAGGAGAUGGAGAAGAUCGACGAGAUGGAGUACAACGUGCUGCAGCCGUCUCCGCUGAACGAGAAGGUGCUGCGGGACAAGCGAAAGAAGCUGAAGGAGACCUUCGACCGGGUGAUGCGACUCUAUCACAAUGACGAGCCCGAACACUGGGCGGACCUCAAGCGCAAAGAGGUGGAGUACGAGAAGAAGCGCCUGAAGAAACAGCAGUACUACGAGAGCGUCAAGCACGCCCAGAGCGUCCAGAUCGAUGAAAUUCCCCUGCCCGCUCCGGUGUCAGCGGCCAUGCCAGGCGGUCCUGCCGGUCCCGCUGGCGGACCUGUUGUUGGGGGAUUCGGUGCCGCCGUCGGCAUACGUCUUCCCCCGCCGCCCAUGACCAUGGCCCUGCCGCCAUAUGCCCCCGGUGCUCCCCCAGGCGUGACCAAAAAUAGUGAUCAAACGGCCAGCGAGACCCAGGCGGAGAAAUCCAAGGAAGACGAGGAAAAGGAUUGGUUGGGUGUCCCACCGGGACCGCCGCCAGAUCUGUUUGCUCUGUCCGAACUCGAUUCCGAUGCCGAGGGCAAUACGGACUAUGAUGGCGAGGCCGAGGAGGAAGAGGAGGAGGAUUCGCUUAAGAAGAGCAACGACAAAGACAAGGAUGCCGCCGAACCGAAUAACCAAAACAUCGAUGACUUCAUGAAGGAAAUGGAGCAUGUGCACAAGCGCAAGCAUCGCAAACUGGCGGCCAAGGAGGACGAUGAGGAUAAACAGCGAGACGAGGACGAUGACGACGAGUCCGAGAAGCGCCAAGAACGAGACUCUAGCUCGGAUAGGAAAUCCGUCAGCAGUAGCGACAGUGACGACGACGACGAAGAUCAGAAUGAGGAUGAGCAAAUGGCCGAACCGCCCACCAAGCCAGCGCCAGUAAAAUCAACCUCUGCCGCGUCAUUGCAGCCGAUACCAGCUCCUCCGGCGGCGCCAACACUCCCGACUAUUCCUCUGCCACCAGCGUCGGCGGUUCCAGCGCCACCACAACUUCCCCAACUACCGCCUAUGCACAAUCUUGGGCCACCGGGCAUAAUGUACAGACCGCCACCCAUGCGACCACCACAUGCGGGCUCCGGUUUUGGCCUGCGCAUGCCGCCUGGACCGCCACCCGGAGCCAGGCCGCCACAUGGCCUGGGGCCGAUGCCCCGAAUGGGCAUCAGGAUGCCACCGGGACCGCCGCCGGGCCUGCCACCUCGCCUCGCCCACCAUAACAAGCAGGGAGGCGGCGGAGGUCCGCCCAAGGAGUCCGCCAAGGGUGUGACCACCAUUACUGCCAAACCACAAAUCAGGAAUCUGAGUGCGGAUGUCACCCGCUUUGUGCCGUCCACGUUGCGCGUGAAGCGCGAGGAUCAACGCCGGACGGCGAGGCCCAGACACGCGGCGAAUGAUGGCCACCACGCCCCCUCGGAGGCGCACAGUAAGCCGCCCACCAAGGAUGACGCCUAUCUGCAAUUCAUGAACGAAAUGCAGGGCUUACUGUAGCCCUUUAUGCGAAUCCUGUUAGCUGUGUAGUCUAAGUCCUAGAUAAAAUGAGUCAUCCAAACCAA